UCGUGGGCCGUCGUCCCCAACAAAAAGCCCGUAAUAAUACCCUCGCCGGCGCCGGCGUUCCUCCGGCGGCGCCGCCAUGCUCCACCUCCGCAACCACCUUCUCCCGCUGCUCCGCGCCACCUUCCAUGCCUCCUCCUACUCCUACCCUCCACGCCUUCACCGCCUCCUCCUCUCCACGGCCAGCAGGCCCGCGGCCGCCGGGGCGCGCUUCUCCGUCGAGGAGUACCUCGUCGGCACCUGCGGCCUAACCGCCGCGCAGGCGCUCAUGGCUUCCGAGAAGCUCUCCCGCCUCAAGUCCGCCUCUAGGCCUGACGCCGUGGUCGCCGUCCUCUCCGGCGUCGGCCUCUCCCGCGCCGAGCUCGCCGCGGCAGUGGCCUCCGACCCGAUGCUGCUCUGCGCCAAGGCUGACGGCAUCGCCCGCCGCGUCGCCUCCCUCCGCGACCGCGUCGGCUUGUCCGACCCUCAAAUCGGCAGCUUUCUCCUGGCCGGCGGGGCAAGAAGCCUCCGCUCCGGCGACAUCGCCUCGAAGCUCGAGUUCUGGAUCCCGUUCUCUGGCUCCUUCGACAUGCUUCUCAGGGUAGUGAAAGGGAACUACCGCAUCUUCACCGCCAACAUCGAGAAGGUGGUCAAGCCCAACGUGGCGCUGCUCCAGGAGUGCGGGCUAACUGUUUGUGAUAUUGUCAAGAUGGCCGGGUACGCGUCGUGGGUGCUCACCUUCAGUCCAAAGAAGGUGGAAGCACUUGUGCAGCGUGCCGAGGAGCUCGGCGUGCCGCGCACCUCCGGCGUUUUCAAGUACACGCUGGGUGCCACUGGCUGCAUCACCGAAGGCAAGGCCACCGCGAGGAUGAAGUUCUUGAGCUGCACUCUUGGUUGCUCCAUGGACAAGCUCCGCCCUGCGGUCCGUAGAGCACCGCAAAUUCUUGGGUUAUCGGAGGAAAAUCUUCGCAGCAAGAUUGAGUUCCUGGUCAACAAGGUUGCGUUGGAGCCUAAUUACAUUUUGCAGAGGCCUGUGCUGCUUUCGCUCAGCCUGGUGAAGCGGCUGGCGCCGAGGCAUUAUGUUCUACAAGUCCUUGCAGUGAAGGGGUUGAUCAAAAAUGAUGUUGACUUUUACAGUUCUGUAUGUCUUGUCGAGGAGGAUUUUGUAGCACGGUAUAUUGAUGGCUAUAAGGAUGCUGUUCCUGGGCUCGCAGAUGUCUAUGCCGCUCUUCGUGCUGGGAAAUUGCCUGUGCAGCUAUACCCAACGUCUUCAGACUGAUGUUGGUCGGCUCUCUCUGGCCCUACUUCUCAUUCCAUGGAUGGUUUGCUUUGCUUCAGCAGAUUUUUCCCGUUCAGGUACUUUUAGCAAUCAAGAUUUUGAACACCUCUUGCUGUAAGCCAGGCCCAGUGAAUGUCAUUCCUUGUAAUGUAUUGCAAAUAUUGAUUACAGUAGUAUAACAACUAAUUAUCUGAUCCCUCCUAAUGCUAUGCAUGGUCAUGUUGUGGAGAACUGGAGAUUAUGCAGCUAGUCUUGAUUGUCUGAAUUUU